CGAAGCCUCUAAUACGCGUCGACCGAGUUGCCAUAAUAUUUCGACAUAAAAUCACCGGCACAACUCGUUGUUCUUUUUUUUUCAUUUGUUAUUACUUUUUUUUCACUCGCUUCAUCUACUCUCUCGAACGUAAAUCGCCUCCCGCAGAGUGCAGUAGGGGGCAGCCAUGCGCAGCCCCCUCUAACGGAAAAAACCCUGCCAUCAAGUUCGUGGCGGACGCUGCUUGGGACAAUGCCUGGAGCAACUAGCCGGGGCUGACAGCAUGUCUGGUGGUGUGGCUGCUGACAUUGACCCCAGCACAGAGCUGCAUAACUUGCCACCGGUCCUUGCCACCAGCAUCGACCGAGAGGAUCUCGGGGCCAGCACAGACAAGGAAGACACCUUUGGCCUAGGGGUGCUCUGCAUCCAGGAAGAAGGGGCCCGCGCUGCCGCCGAGGCCCUCUCAGCCACGCAGCUGGAGGUGGCCUACCGCGAGGCUGGUGGUGGAGCGGCAGUGGGUGCUGGCUGGCUGGACGGCCUGCUAGGCUGCCUCCGCCCUGUCUGGAGCAUCUUGCACAAGGCUGACGACCGGCAGGGGCCCGGGGGGGACACUUGGGAGAUCCCCUUUGAGGCCAUCGGUCAUCUCCAGUUUGUGGGCAGUGGAGCCCAAGGUGCUGUCUUUGUCGGCCAGCUGCAUGAUGAAACAGUGGCUGUCAAGAAGGUCACCAGCUUGGCCGAGACUGACAUCCGCCACCUGCGGAAACUCAAUCACCCCAACAUUGUGGCUUUCAAGGGCGUGUGCACUCAAGAGCCAUGCUUCUGUAUAGUGAUGGAAUACUGUCCCUAUGGGCAACUGUACGACGCACUCAAGAAUGGCCGCGUCAUCCCGCCUGCCACUGUGGUCGAGUGGAGCAAGCACAUAGCAUCCGGCAUGAACUACCUCCACUCUCGGAGCAUCAUUCACAGGGACCUCAAGUCACCUAACAUCCUGAUCAGCUACAAUGAUGUGCUCAAGAUCUCGGACUUUGGAACUAGCCGACAAUGGAGUGAGCGCAGCACCAAGAUGUCCUUUGCUGGUACAGUGGCCUGGAUGGCACCCGAGGUGAUCCGCAAUGAGCCCUGCUCUGAGAAGGUGGAUAUCUGGUCAUAUGGUGUGGUCAUGUGGGAGCUACUCAACUGUGAGACGCCGUACAAGGAUGUUGAUUCCAAUGCCAUUAUCUGGGGCGUGGGCAACAACAGCCUGCACCUACCUGUGCCUGCCACCUGCCCAGAUGGGUUCCGGCUGCUAAUGCGCCAGUGCUGGAGCCCCAAGCCACGAAACCGGCCCUCAUUCCGGCACAUCUUAAUGCACCUGGACAUAGCAGCUGUGGAGAUCCUGAGCACGCCAAAGGAAAGCUACUUUGCGGCCCAGGCUGGCUGGAAGGAGGAGAUACGGCGCUACAUGCAGAGUAUUCGCCAGGAGGGCCAACCCCAGGGUGAGCAGGAACUGAUCCGGCGGCGGCGGGAGGAGCUGCGCCAUGCCCAGGACAUUCGGCUGCACUACGAGCGCAAGCUGGAGCGCACCAACAACCUCUACAUGGAAUUUACAGCCUGCCUGCUGCAGCUGGAGCAGCGCGAGCGUGAGAUCAUACGGCGAGAACAGAGCUUGGAGAUUGGUUCUGGCUACCGGCCCUGCAAGAAGCGCAUUGUGCGGCCCCUCAUUAAGGCCCAAGAGCGGUUUGGCAAGAAACGCUCCUACCGGCUUCCCUCGGACCCUCCCAGUCCAGAACCCAUGGAACAGGCAGGAUCGCCAUCCACCAAGGCACGUUCCCGGAGGGCCACACACCGCCGCAGUGGCUCGGGCAGCAGUGGCUGCCGCAUGGUUGACAGUGAGACACAGACCGAUGUCCUGGAGCUCCUCAGCAGCUGCUCCCCACCGUCAGUGGCCUCGCCCCAGAGUGAGGAGAAGGACCUGAACAGCAACCAGGCACCACGUGUGGUGCUGCAGCAGCACACAACCAACGUUCCAGAGGAGGAUUGCUGCCCUGCACUACCUGUGCGUAACAAGCGUGCCAUAACUGACAGUGAUGAGUCGCCCACUCGUCUUGGCCCUUGCCAGCAGGAUCUGACUACCUCUGAAGAGGAGGGUGAAGUGGAUGAUGAAUACACUGCACGACAAGGGUGUUUCUGUGCCAACGGAAAUAACAAUACUGGAGCAAGGCCAGAUGCUGACUUGAUCUUCGAGCACACUCAAGGCAUGGGUACUAAGCGCACUCUCCGGCGGUAUCGCUUGAUCUUCAGGCAGAUGCGACAGGCAGUGAGUGGCCAGUCUAUCUCCACACUCAGCUCGGAGGGUAACCUGUCUGAAGAGGAAGGCAACACAAGCGAGUGCUCCAGCUGCCAGCCUGCUGAACUUCUCUCCAGCCUCUCCAACCCGGAUGUGCAUGACUGUGGGCCACGCCGUCCACCACCGGGGGUUCCACUUCGCCUCAAGCGGAACCCAUUGCCAACCAUCAGUGACACGUACAGCUCGGCCAGCCAGACGUCACGUGUGAACAGCGAGACGGGUCGCACCGAGACCACCGUCUGGUAGACAUCCUGUGUACAGUGUGGUCCAGUUGACUUUGCUUUAUUUUCCAAUGCUCAUGAGACAUUCCAAGUGAACAAAGGGCUCUGGGACCAGCCACAGCUGCUACCCAAUGGCACCCAUUGAUGUAACACGAUUUUACUUAUUUAUUAUGUUUUACUGCUCUUUUGUUACUGCAUGAGAGACUGGGGCCAGCCUGCAUCUGUACCCUCCAUCAUGUGAUGGCACCGUGAUUUCCAGAUAACAGUUCUAUAUAGACUCUUCUAAUGGCUGCACACUAGACUAUGUGCAUAAAACUUGCCAAGAAUGCUGUUGUUCCACUUACAAUUCCUGAGUUUUAACAUGCCACGACUAAUGUGAGGACAUGAAAAGCACCAUGUGAUGCAAGCAACAGACCCUGCUUAUCCAUGUCGAGAGGCUGGAAAGUCGUCCUUGAAGUUGCUCAUGUUACUUAUCUGACCCUAUACACAUCUACAUUGUUUCAUUUUGUGAAAACAAACGAGUUAAAUUUUGUGAUAAAAUCGUUACCAAAAAAAGGAUGACAAUUUUAUCUGUGUAAUAGCCACACCUCGACUUUUUAUAUACAGUGUUUUUAUUGCAAUUAUGGGCACUCCAGGCAAGUUUUCUUCAUAGCCACAAUGUUCUGUACACAGUCCAAGUGCGAUAAGACUCUGCCCUUAUGCUGUGGGUGAGCUGAGCCAAUGUUAGAGAUCACAUGGCAAAGCAACAGUCCUGUCACAUGUAGUGCUACUUUGAGUGAGUGCACUUUGCUAUUCAGUGGCUGUCAAACAUUUAGUGGCACUUGUCUAUAAGUGCAUUAAUCCAAGUAGCCUCGAUGGCACUGUAUCAAAUAUAAGUAAAAUAAUGCUCAGCUGACAGUCACUACUGUUUCUAAUACCAGUUUCCUUUGCGUUUCAAUAUGUUCUAAGAACCCUCUGCUUAAGGAAACAGCCAUUCUUCAUCUGUCAACAAAAUCUGAAUCAUUUUCAGGCAUCGGUGCCACUGUCGGGACUUCCAAAACGCGAAGCGCAUCGCUGAGGCGUUGAAUGCAGUCGCUUUUGGUCUUGCCUCGUGAUAAUGGAUAGUUGUUUGCCAGUUUUCAAAUAUUUACUAAAAUAACAAUAUAUGAUGUGCUGGCUCAUUUACAUAUUGACACUGGCAUCAAUUCCAAAUGGCACUUUCAUUCCACAUCUAGCAGUGCACCAUCAAAGUGACACUCACUACACUCACUCCAGGUGUCACUAAAUUUGCCUUCCUGACUGUGGUAUAAUACAGCAAGUUUGGCGAUUUGGUUUCUAUUCAUAAUGAAUGUGGUAGCUUAUCGGCAAUGGCAUUGUGCUGCUGAGCUUUCCAUCUGGGCCGCAUUUCGACGGGGGCGAAAACCCCCCAGUAUUUACACUAAACAACCUCAGGUGGUCAAAAUGAAUCCAGAGUCCCUUGCUACCUUAUAAUCAUCAUGCAGAAUACUUAGCGCAGUAAGAACAGGUCGUGACUGGACAAGUGCUGACUUUCAACUAAGGUUUUAUUGGCCUUAUAAUCAGAUUGUGGUUUUGGCGCGUAAAACCACAGUAUUAAAUAUUCAAUUUCAUAAUGAAAGUAGAGAGAGCAAGAAGGGACAAGUUAGAAGCCAGGACGAGGACUCGCUCACAGCUGAAGUUCAUUAUGGAAAUCAUGUGAUGCCAUACAUGUCAGAAUAACACCCAGCAGAUAACAAAGGCUACAACACUAUUAAUCUAGCAGUCACAUAGUACUAGAUUCGCCAGAGCAUACGUGAACACAGAAUUACAGUCAAUUCCCUGACAGAUAUUGUACCUCUUUGUCCAAGAGUGUCACUGAUGGCUGACUAAUGCACACAUUAAUGUCUGCAAUGUGACAGGCCUUGUGGCUUCCUGCCUACUUGUGCUAACAUCAAUAAAAAAAAAAGGACCUCACAACCACACACAUUACAGUGAGCUGCUAAAUGAGAUUGCGUUUUAAUCCAAAUGUUGUUCAUGUGUUCCCUGACCCAAUAAUUCAUACAGCGUCUGCUCUGACCAAUAUAAACUUUUGCACAAUUUUUUUUUAGACUGACACAAAAAUUUUCAAGCUGCCUGUGGGAAUAGCACAAUUCUAAUCCUUGAACUGGAUUGCUCAAAGAGGCACACAUUAUUUGCACAAUAAAUCGAAAUGCAUAAUCAACUAAUUUACCUUAUGGCGCAUUUUGCAAUUUAAGCAUUGUAGCCGGUCAGAUUUCAAGGCACAUCCACUUGGAACCAGUUAUGAGGAUGACACCAAUUUUGAGAUGUAUGCCAUCAAACUUGUGGUAAAAGUACGCUGUUGUUCCACUAACAAUUCCUGAAUUUUAACAUGCCAAUUCCAUAACAUGCCAUAACGUGUCCUUGGUGUUUUUGUUUGUUGGCUUCUUAUGAUAUGACUAAUAAAAAUCUGGCCCUCGGU